AUGAAGUCGGAUUGGUGGAGGUGUAUUAUCUCGCUGGCCGCCGUGCUUCCUAUAGGCAUUGGUGCGCUGCAGACAAGACAGCAGGACGAGACGACGCCUCGCGAUCAGCUUCAGUAUGCGGCGCACUAUUUCGACCAGCAGAUAAACCACUUCCCCGACGACGAGCAGUUCGCAAAGUCGAAUCUGAGCCAUGGCACCUUCACGCAGCGGUACUACUACGAUACCUCGUAUUACAAGCCUGGCGGUCCGGUAUACCUGUACAUAUCCGGCGAGACCAGCGGGCCCAGCCGGUUCUCCAACCUGCAGACGGGGAUUAUCCAGAUCCUGAUGGAGGCGACCGACGGCCUCGGCGUCAUCCUCGAGAACAGGUACUACGGGGAGUCGUACCCGUUCAACACGAGCACCACGGACGAGCUGCUGUUUCUCACCACCAACCAGACCAUAGCGGACAACGCGUACUUUGCGCAGAACGCGGUGUUCCCGGACGUCGAGGGCGACCUGACGGCACCGGGGACGCCCUGGAUCCUGUACGGCGGCAGCCUCGCCGGCGCGCAGACGGCGCUCUCGGUCAAGGUCCACGGCGACGUCCUCUACGGCGGCAUCGCGUCCUCGGCGCCGAUCCGCGUCGAUGUCGGAUACCCGGAGUGGUACGCCACGAUACAGAAGUACGCGCCCCAGGACUGUGUGGCCAGGAUCAAUGGGAUCGUGGAUAACUUUGAUCUGCUCGUGUCGCGGAACGAGACAGAGGCGAUCGAGGAGUUCAAGGCGCUGUUUGGGCUGGAGGUGCUCGAGGAUCAUAGGGACUUUGCGGCGGCGAUCGCGGACCCCAUAGGCAACCCGGGCUUCUACCACUCGAACACGUGGCAGGAGCUGAACUGGGACGACACCUACGGGUCGCGGGACUUCUUCUACUUCUGCGGGAACGUGUCGGACAUCGAUGCCCCCGAGGAGAUCUCGCAGGCGGAUUAUGUGUUGGCGAAUUAUACUGGGGGCGAGCCUUGGGUCGGCCUCGGCAGCUACGCCAACUACGUCAAGAAGUUCACCCUUCCGCUUUGCCCGUCGGGGGAUUAUAAUAGCAACGAUUGUUGGGGAACACAAAAUGCGUCGGCGUGGGCGAAUAUCGAAAACACUUCGACGCGGUCGUACCUCUACACGAGCUGCGUAGAACAGGGCGCCUACAUCGCAGCGCCCCAAACCGGCCCAGCCCUCCUCUCCCGCGUAAUCGACACCUCGUACGAGCAGCAAUGGUGCGCCUGGGCCUUCGCGGCGGGGUCCUCGAACGCGAUCCCGGGGUCCCCCAACAUCGACGCGUACAACAGCUUCGGCGGGUUCGACCUGUCUGCCGACCGCCUCGCGUUCAUCGACGGCGACCAGGACGUCUGGAACGAUCUGUGCUACCACUCCGACUUCGCGCCGGCGCCGCGGGCUCAGGGCACGGAUCUGAGGCCAGAGUACCUGAUCACGGGCGCGGGCCACCACUGGGACUCGUACGGCGUGCUGGAUGUGGAGAAAGAGCCGCAGUUCAUAAGGGAGGCGCAUAGGUGGGAGGUUAGGGUCGUGAGGAAGUGGCUUAGGGGGUUUGAGGCGUGGAAGGGGGGGAGGGAGGAGUUGUAG